AUGAGGACUGCAGUUCUGCUGUUAGCUGUCGGGUUGAGUGUGUUGAGCAUCACGACAUCCCUGAAGAUCUGCGCUUUCAACGUUCAGAGCUUUGGUGAAUCAAAGGCUCAUAACAAGAAGGUCAUGGGAAUUCUUCUAAAGAUUCUCUCUCGCUGUGAUUUGUGCCUCAUCCAGGAGGUCCGAGACUCCAAAGGAGAAGCUAUCCAAGCUCUAGUGAAGGAGCUUAACAGAUAUGACAAAUCUAACUCAUACUCCUAUGUGGCGAGUGAGAGGCUGGGCAGAAAGACCUACAAGGAGCAGUAUGUCUACAUUUACAGGAAGAAUGUGCUGCAGGUCAAAGAGCAUUAUCAGUAUCCUAAACCAGAAGUGGAAGGAAAAAAUGAUACUGAUGUUUUCUCCAGAGAGCCUUUCAUCAUUCGAUUUAACUCUCCUACCACAUUGGUGAAGGAUUUCGUCCUGAUUGGGCAGCACACUUGUCCCAAAAAUGCCAUGAAGGAGAUGGACCAGCUGUACACCGUCUUUAAAGAAGUUCACCAGAAGUGGAAGACUGAUAAUGUAAUGAUCUUAGGGGACCUUAAUGCCGACUGCAACUACGUCACUAUUAAGGGCUGGAGGGCUGUUCGUCUGAGGAGUGACCCCAGAUUUCACUGGCUUAUUGGAGAUGAACAGGAUACAACUGUACGUGAGAAGACACACUGUGCUUAUGACAGGAUCAUUGUGCAUGGACGUGAGAUUAUUUCCUGCAUAGUGCCAGGCUCUGCUCAGCCGUUCAACUUUAAAGAAAACUUCCAUCUCACCGAGGAGGAGGCUCUUGAGGUGAGUGACCAUUUUCCUGUAGAAGUCGAUCUGAAGCCAAACCACCGCUACCUCCUCCGCCAUGAACUGUAGUCCUAAGGAUGGCCAUCAUCUCAAAAGGAUGCCUUUAUUUUAAUUUUCUG